AUGUCGCGUCGGCAGCCGGGAUUUCAAGUGGGAUUGCGGCAGAGCGAAAUUGCAAGAAGUUUAGGUGGUAAAAAAACCGUGAUUUUCAGUUUUCCGUUCAAAAACCACUCAAAUUUGAGCGUCGGGCUGCAAUUUGCUUUCGAUGGCCUAGGAAACUCGGCGUGGCCGAACAACGGGCACGCCGCGGACUCCUCGUGGAGAAACCUUUUUUUCCGGUUUUUGCGCUGUUCUCUUCGUUCUCACCGAUCUUUUGCAGUUUUUCAAGUUUAUACAGUGCAAAAAGCAUAAACAAUCACAUUUCACACACUUUGAACCUGUUUUUAGCCGAAUCCCUUCAAAAACAAUAGUUUUUUUGCUCGAAAAUCGUUAAAAUCGCGUUUCAGGGCUCCGGAUGAGCAUCGCAGUGAACAAUGGAUUGUCGAUUAUCGCCAGAUGCACACGACGAUUUCUAGCCAAUUUCAACAUGGUGAGUCGAUUUUCGCAGCGGUAAAUGAAAAAACGUGUGGAUAAUCAGUAAAAUUUGAUUUUCCCAUCCACAAAGGCUCAGAUUUGACAAAGACUGUCUCAUAAGCGCAAAGUAAAAAAAUUCCAUGAAUAAUCAAAAAGCCAUGUUCUUUUUUCGAUUUCAGCCGCCGCCGAUGAUGCCGGAGCCCGGAUUGUGCUGUGAAGAGGGAUGUGAGAGCUGCGUUUGGCUCGUUUAUGCGACAGAAUUGCUCGAUUACUACCGUAAGUCAUUUUCAAGCUGAAAAUGAUUAAUGUCUCACUGAAAAGCUAAAAUUUCAGGUCAAAAGUACCCGACGGACACUUUAAAGCGGGUAAAAGAGGAAAUUAGCGACAAAAUCGAAUCGCCGUCGGUAAAAGAGUACGUUUUGAUGGAGAUUUCGAUGGCGGACAAGCGGUUCAAGCAGAUGGCGUCGGUGCAGAGAAAAAAGAAACCGGACGGUGGAAAGUGA